GACACAAACAACAUCUCCAACCCUCCCAUCAUCACUGCCAACCCACUCUUCUCCUGAUACAUUCAGAUCACAAACAACAACCAACAAUGGGUUCUAUGCCAAUCCCCAUGCGCUCCUGGAUCUCAAUCGAGUCCUGGGGCCCCGACCGCCUCGACCUCGUCGGCAUCGGCACAGACAACCAAAUGUACCGCAAGCAAUUCGACCGGGGCCAGGACGGAUGGAAGCCCUCUCUCGGUGGCGCAUGGGAGCCACUUGAAGGCAAAUUCAUGCAGAUCCCCGGCACUAUCUCCUGGAGCCACGGCCGUCUCGACAUCUUCGGCAUCGGUUUGGACAAACAUUUGUACCGCAAGACGUGGGGCAAUCACCGCAAGACGGGUGGAAACUGGAUCAACAACCAGUGGCAGCGUACCGACGGUGAGCUCAAGAGCCAGCCUGUACCUGUAUCUUGGGGCAAUGGACGCAUUGAUAUCUUUGCCAUUGGCAUGGACGAUCAGAUGUACCGCAAGGUUUAUGGCGGCAAGUGGGAGUCAGAUGGCUGGGAGCCACUGACGGGCAAGUUCAAGAGCCCCCCAGCAGCCGUCUCGUGGGGUAGCGACAGACUUGAUGUUUUCGGUAUCGGAAUGGACAACCAGAUGUACCACCGUGCGUUUGAGAACAAUGCGUGGACUACGCCUGGCUGGACCGGGAUGACUGGUGCUUUCAAGAGCCCGCCGGCUGUUGUCUCGCGGGCGCCUGGCAGGCUGGAUGUCUUUGGCAUUGGCAUGGAUGACCAGAUGUACCACAAGGCGUUCGACAAGGGUAAGUGGUUGACCAGCAACUGGCAGGGAAUAGGUGGCAAGUUCAAGAGCACCCCCUCGGUUGUUUCAUGUGACCAGGGACGCCUCGAUGUUUUUGGCAUCGGCCUGGACGACCAGAUGUACAAUAAGUCAUUCAACGACGACAAAUGGCUGGGUGACUGGAAGGGAAUGACGGGCAAGUUCAAGAGUGCUCCAGCUGCCGUCUCGUGGGGCAAGGGACGUAUCGAUGUAUUCGGUAUUGGACUCGACGAUGCGGUGUGGCAGCAGUACUACACUGACGGCAAGUGGUCUGGCAAGUUUGUAAGUUUGGGCGGAAAGUUCAAGACUUUCUAGAUGGGUUUCAUCUGGCAUAUGCAACUUUAUCCUUACUAGAGGAUUCACGAUUUUAGCAUAGGGCUCUUUCUUGUCCACACUACAAGAAUGCUGAUAUCAAUGAAAUACAUGACUUUAUCCCCAACUCCACCCUACUACCUCUUCCCUCCAUCCAGCACCCAAA